AUGAACAUUUUCCUAUUCAAGGAUUAUAUCUUUCUAUCAAACCCAAUUUUCUUCAUAUGCUACUUGUACAGCACAAGUAAGCUCCGUCGCAUUCAUGUUGCCAAGUGCCCAGGGAUUUCAGAAAGAGGAUUGCUUAGUAAGCUGCCUUGCAUUUGUGUUGCAAAGUGCCCAGAGAUUUCAGAAAGAGGUUUGCUUAGUAAGCUGUGUCGCAUUCGUGUUGCAAAGUCCCCAGAGAUUUCAGAAAGAGGAUUGCUUGAAAUUGCGAAGAAAUUCCCACUGUUAGAGGAGCUUGGCAUUUCAUUAACCCCCCUCCUAUCUGAAGAUUUUCUUGAAGCAAUUGGCCGGUCUUGCCCUCUUUUGAAAACAUUAAAAUUGAACAUGAAGACACAUACACAUCAAUGGCUAGUCUCUGAAGAUGAUGUGGCAUUUGCUAUAGCAAAAACCAUGCCUCAACUACGUCAUCUACAGAUCAUGGGAAUCUAUAUCACUAAUAAUGCUUUGCUUGCCAUCCUCGAUGGUUGUCCUCUACUUGAAUAUCUUGACCUCCGAGCUUGUCAUCUGCUUGAUUUGAGUGGAAGUUUGGGGAAAAAGUGUCGUGAGCGGAUUAAAGUUGUACGGCUUCCACUAGAUGAAGAUGAAAUUUCUGAUGAUUAUUCUUCUUCUGAGAUUAAUCUUUUUAGGCCUGAUGAUGGGUAA